AUGACUAUUGGAAGAUUUGAUUUUGGAGAUAUACAUCCUCCUUUUGUAACAGAAGAUUGUAAACAAUCUUUUGUUGAUUUUGGAAGUGAUUUUGAAUAUAAUGAAGAAUCAAUUGAAUGUAAUCUCGAGGAUUAUGAAAUAGAAAUACUGAAGCUUCUAGAUCAUGGAAGGUAUUGCAAGAGAAAGAUGAUUUUAUUAGUUGAUAAAGCAAUAUCAAAGUUUCCUGGCAUACAAAAUGUAUCAGAUUCUCAAUUUUGGGACAAUGAAGAAAUUCAACAAGCUCUUCAAAGAGAUAUUGAAAUUCAAACAAAGAAUUUUAAAAAAGAUAUGUCCAACACAAAAUGUGAUUAUUUUGAUAAUGAUGAAGACUUUUGGAACAAUCCAGAACUUUACAAAAUGGCUGAUUAUUUAGUUGAAACAUUCAAAUCUAAAAAGAAAUUUUAG